AUGGUAGCAUGGUGUGAUUCCUUUACUUAUCGACCAUUCCCCUUGCUUCAGCAGAUGAGACUGUAUCAUCCCGGCUCGUCUGCAUCUCCUACGCACAACGACACUGGUCGCACACCCACUGAGGAGAUCCCUUCAUCGCGAUUUAUGGAGAUUUUCUUAGACGCCACUCGCGCCCACAGCCUCGACUCCGAGCCUCCGAACGUCGGCUCCUUUUAUUCCCGGUUGUUUUCCCCUGCAAAAAAAGGAUCGCAUUCCGUUGACGGCUUUCCCGAGGCCCCGGUAGCGAACUCCGCGCUUCAUUAUUUCCCUAAUGCCUCGGUGGCAUCUCUUUUUAUCAUUCGACCCCGCGCGGACGGGGUAUUUGAAAUCCCUGAGGAAGUCCAUGAAGAGAAAGGCGGAGGAUCUGGCCUCCGCACGCGUCCUUUUCGCACGCCAUUGGACGCGGUGAAGGCACUUCCCCCGUUACUACGCGAGGCUGCCGCGCAGGAGGCGAUUUCGCGCGCCCAGCGAUCCUCAACUCGCGUGGAUGCGAGGGGGGCCUCCCAACCUUCCGACGGCGAUGUCGCUGCGCGUCUUCAUCCGGCCUUCAUCCGCAGCGUCCUCGAGCAGGCCUUUCUUCGCCUUUACCUCCGCCCUUUGGAGGGUGGGGAGGGGAACUCCCGCCCGGUGGAGGCCGCCUCUUCCCCUUCCUCCCAUCGAGUGCGGUCGGACGGAAAGGGGAGGGCUUUCUACGCCCACGUUUAUCCACUCUGCACGUACGAUGCGUUGCCGCGUGCGUUGCGCGAGGCCCUCGAGCGCGGCCUCGCCGCGGUGUGGUUGUCAUCCGCCUUUUCCUUUCACGUGGCGUGGGCGUGGUUGCUCGGGCGGGGCUACGGCCGCCUCGCGCUGGAGCUUUUCAUGUUGUGGGGGUGGGCAAACCCCGAUUCGAUUGUGGUCGAGCAGGCGCAACGCCUCCUCCCGACGACGUACCCUACCUGGAAAGGGGGUCUUUUGGUCGAGAAAGGGGCGAAUCGCUUGGUGGGGCUGCGUGCGAUCGCCCUUCAGCUCCACUCGCACGUCGCGGGGAUGUCGGAUUCGGAGUUGCGAACCGCCCACCUCUGCGGGGGGUUUCUCACCACGACGUUGAUGUAUCCGAAAGGAUACCUCGAGGCCCUCGCAACCCACCUAGGGGCUCAGCUGCCGUACAAAAAGUACUACGUCACCUGCGCGUUGCUGCCGCAAGUCCUGAAAGCCGCGGCGCGCUUGUCGGAUAUGACAUUCUCGGCGAAACCGGGGAAACGUUCCGAACCUGGCGUCGAGAGAAACCACCGUGAACGGCCUGCAUGGCCGCCGCCGAGGUAUGAUCGGGGCGCCGAGAUAUUCCAGGAGCUCAUGCGCGAAUGGGUGCUCCCGGUUCUUUGCCCCUCCCAACGCCUUCCGUCGCUGCUCCAGCCGCAACGUGGAAAUCUCGCCUCCUCUGUUGAGUUUUCUUCCGAAGAGAUUGGGUAUGACCCUUACACGGAGCGCUGCGAAGAGUGGAUCGUCCUCGCAUGCACCCUCGCCGCGAUCGGGCUACUUGAAGGCUACGUGGUGGCGUCGCGAAGAGCCCAUGCCAUACGUGCCGUCAGCACCAUCCGCAACGACCCUUCAAAUUACGAGGAUCCCCAUCCGAGGGUGCCGGAUGAGCACGAACAGAAGGUGGUUGAACCAACCCCCCUUCUCGAGGCCACCCUCUUGGAUAUUCUGCGUGAGCGAUAUCUUGCAUGGGCGUGGAGCCUCGUCUCCUCCAGGCUGUCUACGGAUGCAAACUCGCUGGAGAUGUUGCAGGCGCGAACGCGCGUCGAGGAUUGGGCGCGAGUGAUCUUUUCCACGGUUUUCGACGGCUUUCACGCCUCCGGGGUGUUCCAUCCCGCCCCGACAAGACGACCGAUCACCGCGUGUGGGGUUUGGCGUCGUCUUCAUGACGCGCUGCUCGGGAAAUUCCCUCACGUCUUCCACGGCGGCAGCACCGUGGCGACGCUUUGGGUGCUCAUGACGUUGGAAGGGAUGAGCACCCACCUGCCCUGCGGGCCGUUGCCGGUUUCGUUCUUUGGGAAAGAGGAGGCCCUGAUAGCGUGGCGAAGGGUGGCGGGCUUUGGGGGAGGUUGGGAGGUUUCAACAAGGGAUUUUCACCACCGCGCGAGAAAUCCAGCCGCGGAGGAGGCCAUGGAGUAUUGGAAAACCUCCGGGAGUGGUUACCAACCGCGUGAGGAACGUCAGCGGCGGAUGGAGUUUCUCCUCGCCGGGAUAGCCACCGCAGGGGAGGAGGCGGGAGGAGGGGGGGGGGCGCCCCAUUCGGCGGGGGAGUUUCUCAGGCCCCCCUCCAUCCUUCGCCUCCAAUCGCGUUCAUUGGGUUUCCCACGCCGCCCAGGAUAUUUUCGAGGAAAGCGGCGCGGUGGAGGCCUUACGGGAGGCCGUGGCGGCCGCUCUCGACGUCUUUCGACGCCACGCCGCGCUCCCGGUGUUGCGGCCCGCCCCUUUCCGUGGGGGGGGUGCCCCCCCCCUUCUCCCUUCGGCGGGAUUCACGGCCGAAGAGGAGCUCGCCGGGGUUGCGCGAGGGGCCGCGUAUCCGUCGUUUUACGUCCUCCUGAAGCUCCUUCAGGUGCUGGUGAGGUGGGGGCAACCCGGCGCCGCCGCCCCUCGCACCCCGCUCUGGUGGGAAAUGCUGGAAAGGGAGGUGGUGGGGGCGUGCGCGCCGAUCCUCGCGAGGUUCGUUCGACGGCUGGGAAUGCUCGGAUCGGUGCAUAG